UUAUUCACGUGCUCUUUUGUUACUCUCUCUCCUCUGCGUUGAUACUGUGCCUUUCCGCGGACGCACCCAAACCGUCACGGAAUCCCCCGGAGCUCAGAUCUGCUACCCGGAAACUCUCCUGAAUUUCCACCGGGUCAAAGAUCUCUGUGAAUUUUCUGGAAAAUACAUGAAUCAGAUACUGGAUUAGGGUCACGGAUCUCUUCGUUUCUUGCUUGAAUUUAGGAAAUGUACAACAAUGUUGGGGCCCAGCCUGGUGUGCCAGGACCACCGACAAACUCUCAACCUAACCCAUUUGGAAAUGCAUUUUAUGGAGCCGGUUCAGGGCUUAUCAGAGGUGGAUUGGGUGCAUAUGGAGAAAAAAUUUUAGGAUCGAGCUCUGAAUAUGUGCAAAGCAACAUAAGCAGGUAUUUCUCGGAUCCCCAAUACUAUUUCCAAGUGAAUGAGCACUAUGUGAGGAACAAAUUAAAGCUUGUUCUGUUUCCAUUCCUGCACAGGGGCCAUUGGACACGAAUAACUGAGCCAGUAGGGGGCAGGCUCUCAUAUAAACCCCCAAUUUAUGAUAUAAAUGCACCAGAUUUAUACAUUCCAUUUAUGGCAUUUGGUACCUAUGUUGUUCUUGCUGGCUUCUCGUUGGGUCUCCACGGAAAGUUUAGCCCAGAAGCUCUGAACUGGUUGUUCAUCAAGGGAUUGGUUGGGUGGUUUCUGCAAGUUGCACUUCUGAAAGUGACAUUGCUAUCAUUGGGUAGUGGGGAGGCACCCCUGCUGGACAUUGUGGCUUAUGCAGGGUAUACUUUCACGGGGAUGUGUUUGGCUGUUCUUGGUAAGGUAAUGUGGGGAUACUCAUACUAUUUUUUGAUGCCUUGGACCUGUUUAUGCAUGGGUAUCUUCUUGGUGAAAACGAUGAAGAGAGUCCUCUUUGCAGAGGUGAGGAGUUAUGACUCGAGCAAGCACCACUAUCUCUUGCUCUUUAUUGCUCUGGCUCAAUUCCCACUUUUCAUAUGGCUUGGCAACAUUAGUGUUCAUUGGCUAAUGUAGAUGCUUCAUUUUAUGUAGUUAGAAAUGGUCUGUGUUCAUAGCACUUGUUAAAAUGUUGUAGGCAAUUUUCUUGAUUUUGUAUUGACUUACUGUGCUUUGCUCCCAGAAGAUUCGACAAUUAUAAAGUUUUCUUUCA